UCUCUCUCUCUCUAAUAUCAUUAAGUUGAACAUACCAAACUAGAACUCGAUAGUCCACACAAAAAAAAUCUCUCUCUCUCUAAUAUCAUUAAGCUUAACGCACCAAACAAGAACACGAUAGUCCACACAAAAAAAAAAAAUGAUCUUCAAUUUUGAUUUAAUUUUGUAGCUGUGUGGGAUUUUAUCCCCCCCCCCCCCCCCCCCCCUUCUCUCUCUCUCUCUCUGUGUGUUAAUUGUUAAAUUGGUAGAGAAAAUAGUCUUUGCAGCCGGGUUGGGCAAAUGGGUUCAGUGGCAAUAUCCCCUGAAAGUGAGCAUGUACGUGAGAGUUGGGAAGAACAAAGGGUGGAUUUCGAUGACACUGACAUAGAGCGCAGCAAAGUGGGGAUCAUGAGAGCCAUUGUUGAAGGUCAAGACCCUUCUGCCAAGGAAGUGGAUGACCUGAUGAUCCGGAGAUUUCUAAGAGCUCGUGAUCUGGACAUUGAGAAGGGUUCUAACCUACUUGUGAAAUACCUGAACUGGAGGCGAGAGUUUGUUCCAAAGGGCUCCAUAUCUGCAUCAGAAAUUCCAAAUGAACUUGCCCAAAACAAGUUGUUUAUGCAGGGAGUGGACAAGAUGGGGCGACCCGUAGUAGUUGGUUUUGGCGGCCGACACAAACCCGCUAAGGGGGGUCUAGAGGAGUUCAAGCGUUUUGUGGUUUAUAGUCUCGACAAGAUAUGCGCCAGAAUGCCAAACGGACAAGAGAAAUUCCUUUGUAUUGGAGACUUUGAGGGAUGGGGAUACACCAACAGUGACGUUCGAGGAUACCUGGCAGCUCUGUCGAUCUUACAGGAUUGCUACCCUGAGAGACUUGGGAAGUUAUUUGUAAUCCACGUGCCUUACUUGUUUAUGACGGCAUGGAAAGCUGUGUAUCCAUUUAUCGACAAGAAAACGAAGAAGAAGAUAGUAUUUGUAGAGGACAGGAAACUGACUUCGACUCUGCUGGCUGACAUCGAUGAGAGUCAACUUGCAGACAUUUAUGGAGGCAAGUUACCAUUAGUUCCAAUGCAAGAUUGUUAAUUAACUGAUUAACGUGAGCCACUUCGUUCGAAUUGUUGUAUCUAUUAGCAAGACUUAAGACUUAAUUAGCUGAUUCUUAAUUAUCUGUUGCUUUACUCAUUUUUAAACCACGAGAUGCCACUGUUGUUUGUGUUGAAGGCUGUUCAUUCAUCUUAUAUAUGUUAAUGUAAUAGCUACUAUUCCAUUUAGAUGUUUGCUUAUAAUAUGUUAGUACUGGUACUUUUCCAUUUA